AUGCAACUAGGUUGUGUUAGUUUGUUUUCUUUAUUCAUCUUUAGUUUGCUUCCGUUGCAGUAUGGUGUGGAAGUGUAUAACAUAACUCCUUCACCAUUAGCAGAGGGACAAACUCUAGUCUCUCCUAGCCUAAUAUUCGAAUUAGGCUUCUUCAGUCCAAACAAUUCUGCUAAUAAGUAUGUGGGGUUGUGGCACAAAAGUAUAUUUCCUCGUAAAUAUGUAUGGGUGGCUAAUAAAGUUAGUCCUCUUGCAGCUACAGACACCUUGGCUACUUCCAGAUUGGGCAGCAAUGGGAAUUUGGAACUCAUAGAUGGCAAACAGAGCUAUGUCUGGUCAGCUAAUAUAUAUAAUUGUUCAUCUGCAGUUCUCUUAGAUGAUGGAAACUUUGUUGUCAAAAUUUUUAUGGGAGCUGUUAUGUGGGAGAGUUAUAAUAAUCCUAGUGACUCACUACUUCCUGGCAUGUUGAUGGGAUAUGAUAGAAGUUCUGGUAAACAGAAUUUCUUGACAUCUUGGAAAAGUGAAAAUGUUCCAUCACCUGGGAUAUUCUUGCUCGGACUGUCAGCAGAUUUGCCAGCGCAAGUGUUCAUUUGGAUUAAUAGAUCUACUCCUCACUGGAGAAGUGGGCCAUGGGAUAAAUCAAAUUUUAUUGGCAUACCCUCAUAUGUGAAUGCUCAAUAUCAAAAUCCAAAUAGUCUGAUUGAUAAUGAGACACAGGGAACAAGGUAUUAUUCCUUCAGUCUUGAUAGUCUUCCAGGUUUCCUUGGAUAUGUAGACAUAUCUUCAGAAGGAAUAAUGGGAAUUUUUUUUUCAGUAAGUGGCAAGAACUGGUAUCUCGACUCGUACUCAUUGAACAACCCAUGUGACGUUUAUGGUGCCUGUGGACUGUUUGGGGUUUGCAAAGCUUCUGAAUCACCAAUCUGCAAGUGUUUGAAAGGGUUUAAAUCCAAGUCAAAUGAGGAAUGGAGAAAAAGAAACUGGCCCCAAGGUUGUGUGAGACGACCAAAUUUGUCUUGUGAGACACGCUCAAAGGGAUCAGUCUCAUCAAUAGAAUCAGAUGGAUCUAAGAUGGAAAGAUUGAAAGUACCCGAUUUUCAUGAAUAUCUGAAUUCUGUGGCGGCAGACAAGAUUGAGGACUGCAAGAUAAAGUGCCUGAAUAAUUGUUCUUGCCUGACUUAUGCUUAUGUUAAUAACAUUGGGUGUUUGGUCUGGUACAAGGACCUUAUUGAUAUUCAGCAUUUUCCACCAUCACUUGGAGUAGAUCUUUAUGUCCGCCUAGCAGACUCAGAACUAGGUAAAGGAAAGCCAAUAAAGUUAAUUGGCAGCCUUACAACUAUUGGAUUUAUGGUCAUCUUGGUGGCUGUAGUCUUCAGUUUGCACAGGUGGCGGGCUAACCAGAUGCGAUACACCGAAUUAACACGACGCUUGGAACAUAGAGACGGUCUGCGAGAAUAUAUAGGAAAACAUGAUUUUGCAGAGCUAAAGAUAUAUGAUUUUCAUAGCAUAUUAAUCGCCACAGACAACUUCAGCAUCACAAACAAACUCGGGCAAGGAGGCUUUGGCCCAGUUUACAAGGGGAUGCUACCCGAAGGGAAGAAAAUAGCAGUAAAGAGACUAUCUAGUAGCUCAGGACAAGGUGUCGAAGAGUUCAAGAAUGAGAUGAUGUUAAUCUUCAAUCUCCAACAAAAAAACCUUGUUAGGAUGAUGGGUUGUUGUGUUAAAGAGGAUGAGAAGUUAUUGAUUUACGAAUUCUUGCCAAACAAAAGCUUGGACACUUUUCUAUUCGAUCCGACAAAGAGAGCAGUGCUUGAUUGGGCUACACGCUUUAAUAUUAUUCAAGGUGUUGUUAGAGGGCUUCUUUAUCUCCAUUAUGACUCUCUUGUGAAGGUGACAAGAGAUUUAAAAGUAAGUAACAUUCUCUUGGAUGAGAAAAUGAAUCCUAAAAUCUCAGAUUUUGGAUUGGCACGCAUAGUUGAAGAAAAUACUCAGAAGGUUGUUGGAACACGUGGCUAUAUGUCUCCGGAGUACGCCAUGGGUGGGAUAUUUUCUGAGAAGUCUGAUGUCUAUAGCUUUGGAGUUUUAGUAUUGGAGAUUAUUAGCGGGAAGAAGAAUGCUGGUUUCUGUUUACAUGACAAACAACAAGGCUUUCUAGCGUAUGCAUGGAACUUGUGGAAUGAAGGCAGGGCACUGGAGCUAGUAGAUGAAGUAUUGGGUGAUUCAUAUUCCCCAUCAGAAGUAAUGACAUGCGUGUGUGUCGGGCUUCUUUGUGUACAGGACAAUGUUGCGGAUAGACCUACCAUAGUGGAUCUAGCUUCAAUUCUAAGCAGUGAGAAAGAUGGUCCACAACCUAAGCUGCCUGGAGUCACUAUCCAAAACUCAGCUUAUCAUCCUCAACCACACCCUGAGAAUACUAAUUCCUCCAAAAACGAAGCUAGCAUUACUAUGAUUGAAAGACGUUAA